UCUGAUAAAGAGCAAUAAGGAAGACACGACAGUUACUUAUUAACUCAAAUAGACUUUACACCCAUCCACCUGUAAUUCAAUAAGAAGCCGAUUCACACUGGUUGAAGCAUAUUUACAAAAAAGGGUUUAGUUUGGGAGCAGACGUGUUAAAAUGAGCGACACUUCAGAAGAUGAUAAUGAGAUCUCCUUUCAAGUAAAGUUUCUUGGCCGAGUUGAGGUGGUCCGCCCUGAUGGACUACAGAUCCUGGAUGAAGCAGUCGAGAGCCUAAAGACACCAGAUAAAUACUCCUCAGAAAAGGCAGCGAAGAAGAGCAAAGUCUAUCUCUUCCUGUCACUGAGUGGAAUAGACAUUUUGGAAAACAAAACCAAGUUUCUGUUGUACACAUGCCCUCUCUCCACUAUCUCCUUCUGUGCCGUCAUGCCAUCUUCACCCAAAGUCUUUGGCUUUGUUGCUCGACACCCUGCAGCCGACAUGUACCACUGCUACCUCUUCCAGAGCAAGACGUUUUCUCACGUGCUGGUCUCAGUCAUCGGGGAUGCUUUCAGAGCUUCAAAGAAGGAGGAGAGUGUGAGGGGAGGACGAGACCUGAUAGUGGAGGCACUCAGACACAAGAAUAAGAUGCUGCAGAGAGAGAAUGCUGAGCUGAGGAAGAGGCUUCAGGACAGACUUACUGUCUGAGGAUACUUGUUGUUGUUGUACACAAUACACAAUACAAUACCUUUUCUUUGUUUUGAUGUUGUCACACAAGCGUUUGGCCUCAGGAAACUCUUUAUAGUCCAGUAAUAAUCAACUUCCUGAUGCAUCAUUAGUCCUGUUCUUCAAUAGAAAGUAAUAUUAAUGCUGCACCACAACGGUAGAGGGCAGCAGUCAACAGAGAAAUAAGCGGGUGCGUUCAAUUGCUGCCUGCACAGUGUCGGAAAUAUUGAAUAUAAGAAUGUAAGACAUGUAAAAUACCACAUAGAAAGACGAAAUUUGUUAUGUUGCAAAUUGCUGUGUAACUUGUCUAACAUUUAAGAACUGGCACAUAAGAACAGAUAAUGUAUUCAUGUAUUAAUUAUUCAGCGACUAAUAUGACAAUAAUUGCAACUGGGCAACAACUGUAUAAAUAAAUAUCACUUCAAUGCCUGA